AUGGUUCUUCCUAAGUCUAAAAACGCUGUAGGGUUGGGAAAUAGUCUUAUGAACGAUCGCUUCGGCAAGGGCAAAGGUUCAGAUCGCAAGAAAGUCUCGGCGAAUGCAGGGGCGAUUCCACGAAGAGGACCGAAUGGGGAGACGUACAUUACAAACGCCUCGAAAGAGGCUUCAUGGGUCAAGAUGCGUAGUGUCACAGAGCAAGCAGCGCUGGACGAAUUCCUCUCAACCGCGGAGCUAGCAGGCACAGACUUCACGGCGGACAAGAUGAACAAUGUCAAGAUCAUACAUGCCGAUCAGAGGAAUCCAUACUUACUGAGUGCGGCAGACGAGAGGACUGCUAUGAGGAAACAUCAGAGGAACAAGGGGCGGCUGACUGUUCCGAGACGGCCGAAAUGGGAUGAGAAUACCACGCCACAGCAGCUGGAUGUUCAGGAACGGGAGAGUCUGCUGGAGUGGCGGAGGGGGCUCGCUGAACUGCAGGAGAAUGACGACUUGUUGAUGACGCCUUUCGAGCGCAAUAUCGAGGUGUGGAGACAACUUUGGAGGGUGAUUGAGCGAUCAGAUCUUGUGGUACAGAUCGUGGAUGCCAGAAAUCCCUUACUGUUCAGGAGUGAUGAUCUUGAACGAUACGUGAAGGAGGUCGACCCCAAAAAGAGAAAUCUGCUGCUAGUCAACAAGGCAGAUAUGAUGACAGCGAAACAGAGACAGGUUUGGGCGGGCUACUUCACCAAGAAGGGCAUCAACUACAAGUUUUUCUCGGCUCAGCUAGCCAAAGAGCAGAACAACGCUCGAGCGGAUGUGAAUGACACCAGUACCGAUCUCAGCGAGGAUGAUUCGGAGGGUGCUGCAGUGGAUGAGUCGCUGGAGGAAGAGACGAAAGGAAUCAACAUCCAAGACGAGACAGGAGACGACGCCGACUGGUCCAGCGAAGAAGAACUCAACAGCAGUGCUUCUUCCUCGUCUUCCUUAUCUAGCGAGCAAACGCGGAUCCUGACAGUUGACGAACUUGAGUCACUUUUCCUCCAAAACGCCCCAACCCACCUAUCCAAAACCUCUACAGCCAAAACCACCAUCGGCCUGGUCGGCUACCCCAACGUUGGCAAGUCAUCAACCAUCAAUGCCCUCAUUGGCGCCAAAAAAGUCUCCGUCUCCUCCACCCCAGGAAAAACCAAGCACUUCCAAACAAUCCACCUCUCUGACCGAGUAAUCCUCUGCGACUGCCCCGGCCUGGUCUUCCCUAACUUCGCAACCACAAAAGCCGAACUAGUCUGCAACGGCAUCCUCCCCAUAGACCAGCUGCGCGAGUUCACCGGCCCUGUCGGGCUCGUCGUGCAAAGAAUCCCCCAAUCCUUCCUCGAAGCCAUCUACGGAAUCAAGAUCCACGUACGGCCCUCAGAAGAAGGCGGAACAGGCACUCCAACCGCGUCAGAACUGCUGAGAGCGUACGCACGAGCACGAGGCUUCGCCACAACCGGCCAAGGCCAACCCGACGAGUCACGAGCAGCAAGAUAUAUCCUCAAGGACUACGUGAGCGGGAAGCUUCUCUUCUGCCAUCCGCCACCGCACGACCCGGAGAUCGAUGGCGCGGAUUUCAACCGCGACCUCUACGACUUCUCGCAUCUACCCUCUCGGCGGCAGGCUUGGUUGCGCGAACACCACGCCGCCGACGAUGCCGACGAUGCCGACUAUGACGACGCUACAAGCAUGCUGCCCACCCACACCGACGCCCCAUCACAACCAGCCGAUCCCUCCACAGCCUCGACCGCACAACCGGAACGAGGCGCCCGCUCUAAGAACCUCGACACCCGCUUCUUCGGCCCCGGCUCCGGCUCCAGCAGCCCCGCCCACCUGAAGAUGCCAUUCAACCACCAGUACACGGAGCAAGGCCGGAAGCAGCUGAGUGGACGGAAGGAGAGGGCCAUGGUGGCAUUGGAGCGCAAUGUCGAUCCCAGCGAGGUGAGGGGGAAUGGGAAGAAGCAUUUUAAGGGGGAUAGGAGGAAGAGGGGGACUAGGGGCCGUGUUGACGUAGGGGAAGAGGAUUGA